GCGGCGCCGGCGGCGGGAGCGGCCACGGCGACGCUGGAGGCUUCGCGGAGGAUCCCCGCUUGCAGCACCUCGGUUGUCCCGCCGCAGCCUUGCGCCCCCGGCCCGGCUCAGCGGCGCUCCUGCGGGAUCCGCGUGGCUGCGGCGGCCCGGGAGCCCGAUGCGGCUCGGCGGGCGCUGGGCCUCAGGAGUAGCGGCAACCACAGCUCCUUCAGGAGUGGGAGGCUUCGCGGCGGCGCCUGGGGCCGGGCCGGUGCCCUCCGGAGGAGGCUGUCUGCCCAGGGACGACCCCCACGGCCAUGCUGAGGCGGCGGCGGCCGCUGCUCGAGGGGCUAUGCCACGCAGCUUGUGGAAUCUUAGUUCUCUGACCAGGAAUCAAACCUGGGGCCUUGGCGCCGAAAGCACGGAGCCCUAACCACUGGACUGCCAGGGAAUUCCUAAAUAUGUUCUUGAGUAGAUAUAUGCUUGGAUGAAUUCAUAGACUGGACAAAAAGCAUCAAACAGAGCAUACUGAAACAGCAGGACCGGCUGGUGGUACAGCAAGCAUCAUGAGUAAGCACAGAGAAGUCUGUUCCUAAUCACGUGUGUAAGGGAGAAAAGAUUUAAACAAGUCUCUUGAGUGGUGUUUUCUCACCGAUGGAGAAUUACUUCCAAGCAGAAGCUUACAACCUGGACAAGGUGUUAGAUGAAUUUGAACAAAACGAAGAUGAAACCGUUUCUCCUAUUUUAUUGGAUACAAGGUGGAAUAAGAUUCUAGAUCCCCCUUCUCCCCGACUGUCAUUCAGCCCUGCAUUGGCCAGUGUGAAUGAACCUACAGUUUCUGAGUCACAGCCACAACUGAAAGUCUUCUCCCUGGCUCAUUCAGGUCCUCUUAACACAGAGGGAGAGGACCAUUGUGCUAAUGGACAGGACUGUAGUCUGAAUCCAGAGAUCAACACAAUGUGGAUUGAUGAAAAUGCGGUUGCAGAAGACCAGUUAAUUAAGAGGAACUGUAAUCAAGAUGAUCAAUGCAGUACUGUCGAAGUGGGAGAGAAGAAAUGUGGAAACCUAGCUUGUCUGCCAGAUGAGAAGAGUGUUCUUGUUGUAGCCGUCAUGCAUAACUGUGACAAAAGGACAUUACAAAGCGAUUUGCAGGAUUGUAAUAAUUAUAAUAGUCAAUCCCUCAUGGAUGCUUUUAGCUGUUCACCGGAUAACGAAAACAGACAAACUGAUCAAUUUAGUUUAAGUGUAAAUGGGUCCACUGAAAAAGAUAUGAACUCAGAGAAACAGAUGGACCCAUUGAGUAGACCAAAUGCAGAGGGGGAUUCUGUUAAAUACAUAUGUACUACUUCAUCUGAUAAUCUAGCCAGUGUCUGUUCCCCUUCACAGUUACAGGAUGAUGAAAAUAUAGAUAGAGACCCCACCAUGUCUGUGAUUACAAGUUUAACACCAGAUUCAGUAAUCUCAUCCCAGGGAACAGAUGAAGGUCCUGCUGUAAAGCAAGAGGACUCUACACCAGAUGAGGUUCUCACUGGCAGAACCAGCUCUCCUAGGACAGAUCUAGGGAGUCCAAACUCCUUUUCCCACUUGAGUGAGGGGAUUUUGAUGAAAAAAGAGCCAGCAGAGGAAAGAACAACUGAAGAAUCCAUCCAGUCUGGUUUACCUUUGCUUCUCAAAGCUGACAUGUCUAAUGGGUCUGGCAGGGAUGAUAACUGUGAACAGUUUUCAGAUUGCCUUGUGCCCGGUGAAGUUAGAGCUGAUGAAAAUGAAGGUUGUAAACAUGAAGAAAUUCUUGGCACUGCAGAACUUCUUAAUAUGACUGAGCAUUUCUCUGAAUCUCAGGAGAUGACUAAUUGGAAAUUGACUAAACCAAACAAGAUGAAUGACAGCCAAGUAAAUAAAGAAAAUGAGAAGUUUCUGCACAUGAAUCAGCCUGAAGAUACUUAUGAUGAUAGUGGAGGAGAGUGUGAUAGAAUGGCAGAAGCAAGUCUAGAUUUAAAACAAACUUGCAUGAAUGAAAGUGAAGGAUGCGAUUUCUCCAGUGUUAUGGAUACACCAGCAGCAAAUUCACUAUCUAAUUGUUGUGAUUCCUAUGGAAUGCAGAGCCCAGUUGUUUGUUUUGUUCCAAAGACUUUACCUUCCAAAGAAGAUUCAGUAACAGAAGAAAAGGAAAUAGAGGAGAGCAAGUCAGAAUGCUACUCAAAUAUUUAUGAACAGAGAGGAAAUGAAGCCACAGAAGGGAGUGGACUACUUUUAAACAGCACUGGUGACCUAAUGAAGAAAAAUUACUUACACAAUUUCUGUAGCCAAGUUCCAUCAGUGCUUGGGCAAUCUUCACCCAAGAUAGUAGCAAACCUGCAAUCUAUCAGUGUUCCUUUUGGUGGUGCAAGACCCAAGCAACCUUCUAAUCUUAAACUUCAAAUUCCAAAGCCAUUAUCAGACCAUUUACAAAAUGACCUUCCUGCAAACAAUGGAAAUAAUAUUAAAAACAAAAAUGAUGUUCUUGGGAAAGCAAAAUCAGGGGAAAACUCAGCAACCAAUGUAUGCAAUGCCUCUUUGGGAAAUAUCUCUAUUGCUGAUACAAAUGGGGAACAUUUAGAAAGCUAUGAGUCUGGGAUAUCCAGUAGACAGUGCGUUGCAUUACCUCCAGAAAGCCCAGAUAAUGAUCUCAGAGCUGGUCAGUUUGGAAUUUCUGCUAGAAAACCAUUUACCACUCUGGGGGAAGUGGCUCCAGUGUGGGUACCAGAUUCUCAGGCUCCAAAUUGCAUGAAAUGUGAAGCCAGGUUUACAUUCACCAAAAGGAGGCAUCAUUGCAGAGCAUGUGGGAAGGUUUUCUGUGCUUCCUGCUGUAGCUUGAAAUGUAAACUGUUAUACAUGGAUAGAAAGGAAGCUAGAGUAUGUGUAAUCUGCCAUUCAGUGCUAAUGAAUGCUCAAGCCUGGGAGAACAUGAUGAGUGCCUCAAGCCAGAGCCCUAACCCUAACAAUCCUGCUGAAUACUGUUCUACUAUCCCUCCCUUGCAGCAAGCUCAGGCCUCAGGAGCACUGAGCUCUCCACCUCCCACUGUGAUGGUACCUGUGGGAGUUUUAAAGCACCCUGGAGCAGAAGUGGCUCAGCCCAGAGAGCAGAGGCGAGUUUGGUUUGCUGAUGGGAUCUUGCCUAAUGGAGAAGUUGCUGAUGCAGCCAAAUUAACCAUGAAUGGAACUUCCUCUGCAGGAACCCUGGCUGUGUCACAUGACCCAGUCAAGCCAGUAACUACCAGUCCCCUAUCAGCAGAGACGGAGAUUUCUCUAUUCUCUGGAAGUAUAACUCAGGUUGGAAGUCCUGUUGGCAGUGCAAUGAACCUUAUUCCUGAAGAUGGCCUUCCUCCCAUUCUCAUCUCCACUGGUGUAAAAGGAGACUAUGCUGUGGAAGAGAAACCAUCACAGAUUUCAGUAAUGCAGCAAUUGGAGGAUGGUGGCCCUGACCCACUUGUAUUUGUUUUAAAUGCAAAUUUGUUGUCAAUGGUUAAAAUUGUAAAUUAUGUGAACAGGAAGUGCUGGUGUUUCACAACCAAGGGAAUGCAUGCAGUGGGUCAGUCUGAGAUAGUCAUUCUUCUACAAUGUCUACCGGAUGAAAAGUGCUUGCCGAAGGAUAUCUUUAACCAUUUUGUGCAGCUUUAUCGGGAUGCUCUGGCAGGGAAUGUUGUAGGCAACUUGGGACAUUCCUUCUUCAGUCAAAGUUUCCUUGGCAGUAAAGAACAUGGCGGAUUCUUAUAUGUGACAUCUACUUACCAGUCACUGCAAGACCUAGUACUCCCAACCCCACCUUACUUGUUUGGGAUUCUCAUCCAGAAAUGGGAAACUCCUUGGGCUAAAGUGUUUCCCAUCCGACUAAUGUUGAGACUUGGAGCCGAAUAUCGACUUUAUCCUUGCCCACUGUUCAGUGUCAGAUUUCGGAAGCCAUUGUUUGGAGAGACGGGGCAUACCAUCAUGAAUCUUCUAGCAGACUUUAGAAAUUACCAGUAUACAUUGCCAGUAGUUCAAGGUUUGGUGGUUGAUAUGGAAGUUCGGAAAACCAGCAUCAAAAUUCCCAGCAACAGAUACAAUGAGAUGAUGAAAGCCAUGAACAAGUCCAAUGAGCAUGUCCUGGCAGGAGGUGCCUGCUUCAAUGAGAAGGCAGACUCUCAUCUCGUGUGUGUCCAGAAUGAUGAUGGCAACUAUCAGACCCAGGCUAUCAGUAUUCACAAUCAACCCAGAAAGGUGACUGGUGCCAGUUUCUUUGUGUUCAGUGGCGCUCUGAAAUCCUCUUCAGGAUAUCUUGCCAAGUCCAGUAUUGUGGAAGAUGGCGUUAUGGUCCAGAUCACUGCAGAGAACAUGGAUGCCUUGAGGCAGGCGCUGCGGGAGAUGAAGGACUUCACCGCCACCUGUGGCAAGGCAGAUGCCGAGGAUCCCCAGGAGCACGUCCACAUCCAGUGGGUGGAUGACGACAAGAAUGUCAACAAGGGUGUCAUAAGUCCCAUAGAUGGGAAGUCCAUGGAGUCUAUAACAAGUGUGAAGAUAUUCCAUGGGUCAGAGUAUAAAGCAAAUGGAAAAGUCAUCAGAUGGACAGAGGUGUUCUUCCUAGAAAAUGAUGACCAGCACAGUUGCCUGAGUGAUCCUGCAGAUCACAGCCGACUGACCGAGCAUGUUGCCAAGGCUUUUUGUCUUGCUCUGUGUCCCCACCUGAAGCUUCUGAAGGAAGAUGGAAUGACUAAACUGGGACUACGUGUGACACUUGACUCAGAUCAGGUUGGCUAUCAAGCAGGGAGCAAUGGCCAGCCCCUUCCCUCGCAGUACAUGAACGAUCUGGACAGCGCUUUGGUGCCGGUGAUCCAUGGAGGGGCCUGCCAGCUCAGUGAGGGCCCCAUCGUCAUGGAACUCAUCUUUUAUAUUCUGGAAAACAUCGCAUAGACAGAGAGGACUUCAUUUUUUUCUGUUCAGACCUGUUGCAACAGCAGUCAUACCCAAAUCAUUUGCACUUUAGAACUGGAAAAUUAAGAUUUUGUUAACACUAUUA